AUGUCGUCCACCGUCGACGAGCUCACUCGCACUCUCGAGCGCUCGCUGGCGUUGGACGAUCGCGACGCCGUCACGAACAAGCCGUCGACGAGCAAGACGCUCACCGCUGCGCAACGAACGCGCGAACUGUGCGGUUGGACCCCGCGAGCCUUGGACCUCGACCUCGACAGGUGGCUCGAAGUGAGCGAGGACGAGUUCGCUCGAGCGCUCGAGCGCAUCGUCGCCGCGCGAGCGGAGACGCGGAGUAAGUCCACGCUGCGAUUGUGGUGGCGCGCGACUUUGGGAAUUCUGAGCGCGCGGCGCGCGCGUCUCGGCGCCGUAGCGUGCGCGUCCGAGCUGUGCGCGAUGCUGGUAGAAGACGUGGCGGAUUUAGCCACGUCUUAUGGUGAUGCGCCCGAUCGCGAGCGAUGGGGGGAAAUUACGGAGGAGUUGAGGUUUGUUAAUCUGGACGUGGCGACGCGGGCGGAGACGCUCUCGCUGGCGACGCGGGAGCUCUACGCGAACGCGCCCGAGGCGUUGGUUGCGAGUAUUGCGGAUGGACUAAGAAUGCGACAGAGUCAAUCUACGAGAGGGGAGGCGUAUUGGUUGGCGUUUGCGUUGUGCGCGGUGGAUCCCCUUGGUGACGCGUCGAUGAAUUUGACGCAAGUCUUGACAAAGUUCAAUCCAUCGAAGUGGGUGGCCACUCAUAGAAAGAGCGACUUCAGGCACUGUCUGUCGACGAUGCUGACCGUCGUGGCAUCUCGGUUUCUGUCGCGUGGUCCGCCGAAGAUGCUGGAUGUCGACGUUACGAACUCAGUCCUUGCUGACGUCUUAAGAUGGACGAAUGAAAACGAGAAAAAACACGCCCAUGUGGCGGUGCCACUUCGUGCUGUCCUCAUCGGACUAACGAUUUCGCAGGAAUCGGAGCCAUAUGCGGCGAAUGCGAUAACACCAUGGCGGUUAAUGCUUGAUGCGAGAAUCAAAUCUGGCAUCGAUAUAAAGAUGAAAAUUUCAACUUUAUUAACAGCAAUUCGAGGUGUUCUGCAGGGUGUGUCGUGUGAGAGAACGGAUGUCGUAGAAGUCGCCAUUCAGAGCUUGACGUUGUGUAUCAGGGCGAUCAAGCUAGGGUACGAUAUGGAUGAUACGAUGCUCCCGCUGGCCAUGGCUCAGUGCGUCACAGCCAUUCAACAAGCGAGCGCUGACAAUGGUGAGCGCGUGUUGCGAAUGCUCCGGGAUGAAAACGAUGAUUCGGUGCGUGCCGCCGUUUGCAUCGUGACAGCCAACGCCAUGGAAACAGUGGGUUUUGACGAUGCUCGUUCCGAUGGUGUUUUGUCUGCGUUCGCUGAUAUGACACUGCCAAAGCUCGUUGCGGAUUGGAUGCCAUCAUCGUCUGUCUCUGUGACUAAGGCGAUUCUCGUGUGCUUGAGGUUCACAAACGCGAGUCAAGUUUCCAUGAAAAAUGUUGAGUUUGCGUGCAACAUGAUGAGCAGCGAAUCGGUCUCGGUCCGGAACGCGGCUGAGUCCUUUUUGCUUCAUGUCAUACGAUCAAAGGCUGACAACAGAGAUGAUGUGCUCCAGGUGCUCGCAUCUACGCUUUUAAAUUUGAGAGAUGUUGCGCCAGCUGCGCGACUGUCGGCAGUAACCGCACUUCUUCACGUCUGCAAGACGUGGAAUGCAUGCCUGCGAAGCAAGGGCAAAGAUGAGCCUCAGUGCAAUUGGGAGCGAGCAGAAGCCGCGUCAUUGCUCUUAGUUUGCGAUGCUGAUUUCUCUGUGCGAUGCAGAGCGAUCGAAGCACUGGAAGAAAUAUCCAAGCUAGCAAGUUAUCAACGUGGCAAAACCAUGUACGACCUGGUGCAGAGAUUUUUGGACGUCGAAGAUGUAUCGAUAUUCAUUCGAGAGGUCAGUAUUCAGGCUGCGCUUGAGGGUGCCACGUCGUACACAACGGCGCACGCUCAAGCGUACCAGCGCAUUCAGUCCAUGAUGGUCACAGAAGGAGAUGGAAAGCUCCUAGUAGUGCCAGUCAACCCGACCGAGUACAAGUACAACCUUUGGCAGAACUAUAUGUUAUUCGUUUGCUCUGGUGAUGUGGCGCAUGGUGCCACUAGUACUGAUAUUCGCCAAGUUGUGACUGUUGGUCAUCGCGGUUCACUUCCAGCCUUAUUACAAACGGUGAUUCCACGAUUAGGAUACUCGAACGGUGAAGUCGACGCUAUCAUGCGAUUAUUCCAAAUUGUACCCGAGCAAUCAAAGACGAUCAUUUUGAGCGCUCUGUUGCCGUUGCAAGACGGCUUGAGGUCUUCUCUCAUGAAAAGGAACAAACGCGAAGAUUUGAGCAUGCUGAUAGGAUUCGGUCAAGUGUAUCAAGGUUAUGCCGUCGAUGGCGUUUUCGCUUCCAGCAAGGACUCGGCGGCGAGCUUGGAUGCGGCCAUCAAUUUUGUCUUGAUGGUUUGCUCAUAUCUGAAGACGGCGAAAAGUGAAUGCUCAUCCAUCGAAAUAAAUCAGCUCAAAUUCGCAGCGGCAGCGAUAAUUGGCGGCGUCCUCACCGAUGUGCAGAAAGUAAAAAGUCUUCCCGUGGAGACUCAGAGGAAUUUAUGGGACGAAUUUUACGUCUGGCAAGAGCAGAUGGCGACUUACGGUGAUACGGGCGACAUGACUUCCCGUGCCUACGUGCACUGUCUCAUAGGAGAGCUCGCGCACGAUUACACGAAAAAUCCGACAGAUAGCGACGUUGUUCACGCGGCACGCGAGGCGUUAGCGUCGUUGAGUGUCAGUGAGCAGUUCGCGCGAGAGACGCCAAAGCAAGUGUUUGCUUGGGCAAACAAGCUCAUCUUGGAGUCGAAUGGUCCUGGUCUAGAACUUCCUCAUCGAGUGAUCUUGAAUCUCCUGCGCUCGAAUCCUUCGUCGUUUCGGACGACAUUGGACUUGUGUUAUUCAUCGCUCGAAAAAGUGUCGAAAAUGCAUCUCCUCGUCCUGUCGGAACUGAGCGAGGAUACUCUGCGCGCUCUACCGAUUGCUCACCUCAUCGCGUUAGUUCUGCACAAAAUUGUGGAUGAUGACGCCGAUGUCCGAUCAGCGACGGAAGUUUUACUCCAUUUCAUCAAACAACGCUCCGGUUUAGCUCAGCGUACGGAUUCGACGCCUAUUCGAGACGAAAAGCUCCUUAUCGACGAGCUCAAAGAUCUCUUGAAGAUGGUCCCUCAACACGAAGAUGGAAUUCUUCUCGAAUUUUGGAAGAGAGAGCUCAACGAGACGCGAGCAAGAUCUGAGGCACAAAGGACACAAACUUACGAGUCUCUGAUCCCUUGGAUUUCGGCUCUGCACCUGCCCCAUCUCGUAGCUGCCGAAAAAUCUGAUGAACUUUUGACAACUUUAUUUCAAGUGACGCUGCAGGUGAGAAAACGUCAAUCCAAACAAGUCGGAAAGCUGUGGAUAGCCAUGGGUGCUCAGCCGCGAAACGUCGCGCCGGCUUUAAAAUUCUUACAAGAACAAGUGCCGGCGAUGGCGUCGACGAGUGAUCACGGAGAAAUUUGGCAAACCGCGAAAGUCGUAAGCGGUUGGCUCGCUCAAACUUCACCGCAGCAAGCAGUUGAUCAGUUGGUUUACACCAUCUCGUUCCGAGCCUUGGAGUCAGAUGAAGGAGAAUCCUCAAAACAAGCGCCAUCGAGAGAGUCGGCGACGCAGCCAUCAUCAAAGAUCUCUCCCGCGGAUGUCGGAAUUAUUCUUCUCUCCGAGCUCGCGGCGGUUCACAAAGAGGAUUUUCGUUUCCAUUUGCCCGUGCUCGCGCAUACGGUAGUGGUGACGCUCAUAGUGACCACCGAAGCGAUGGUUCGAGAGCACUGCGGAGAACUUCUCUGUAAUUUGGCUAUGGGUCUGACCGCCGAUAAGCGCGCAUUGAACGGUAAGAAUCCUGUGUUUCGCUUGGCAAGGUUGUUUGCCGACGAUGUCUUCCAACCUUGGAAGUUGAGCAAAAUUAGAUUCCUGAUUCGCCUGUUGCCGCUCGCAAUCGAUCUGGAUGAAAAUUUGCCGCAAAGAUGGGCGAACGAAGCCAGACGGUGGCUGUUACGCUCACCGUCGUUUUCGCUCGCGUGCGCGUCGGCGAUGACGCUGAUAUCCCUCAACGUGCCCAUGGAUGAGGAUGCCUUCUCGGCGCUCCUCUCCGCCACAUGCGUAUGCGCGUCGAUUUCGGAAGGAGGUAACGAUAAGAAAAAUAAAAUGGCGCGCGAGCUCGCGCAACAUUUGCUGAAAACGCUCGCGGCAUCGCUUUGCGAUAUGAUGUCGGACGAAGUGAUGAUGUAUACGCAAUUGUUCUGGUGCGGGGCGAUGUGCUUGAGGACGCAAAACGUCGAGCUAUAUUCGUGUGCGAUUGAUCUCGCGUAUACUUUUCUGUACAAGUGUAGCCCGCUCGAUGAACUGACGUUCGAUGUCAUCACAUCGUGUGCGCCGUUACCCCGCGGCGCGCACUACCCGGAGAUCCCUCUGGUUGAAACUUUGGACGAGUUGCUUGAGAUUGUCCCGGAGAAACUCCCAAGUGCGGAGAUUUCGUGGAGCCGCCUUGUCUUGCUCGUCAUGAAGGGCUUAUUCCAAUCACAGACAUUCGUGCGAUCCGUGCGCGUACUAGUGAUGUUGGUUCCGCACUUGACCGAUCACGAGCGAUGGAACGACGUGCAUAUGAGUCUACUGAUAUCUUAUGCGACAAUCCCGCUCGUACUGGCGGCAGCGGAUGAAUCAGUCCACACUGCUAUUGGCGUCUCUGAAGCUAGAACCAUCGCGUGCAGAUUAGCGCAGGGGUUGCGAGCGGUCGAUGGAGAUCUCGCCAAUGCGUUGGCAACGUUUUCGGCGAACACGCGUGCGUCAGCGGGAGAUCCCUUCGGCACUGCAGGAACGCUCGAGAGAGCUUUCGCCGAGGCGCUUGCGCGUCCUCCAAGCGGAGUGCCUGUACACUUGCCAGUGCAUUGCUUGCGAGAAUUUUCGCUCUGCGCCGACGCGGCGACGGCGGAUAAAACGUUGAAAAUUUUAUCCAAUAUCCCGAAAUCGUCGUCCAAGUCGUUCAAAAGGGACUUAUCGACGAUGUGGUCGGGGCGCUCCGCGUCUGGUACCGUCGCCGAUGCGAUGUACGGAGUCUUACUCAGCGCUCGAUUGGACACGGACAGUAAGGGCGCCGCGCCGGCGUGCUUGGACUAUUGA